UUAACUUUUUAAUCUUGGUUUCCUUAUUUUACUCCGUUGUACCUAAGAUUCUGUACCAAGGUACCUUUGUACCUAAGAUGGCGCUCUAAGUGGCGACUUGUAAACUUUUCACUAUACUCGUGAGUUACAUUCAAAUUCAAAUGAAACAGUACAUUAUACCAUAAUUGCACUUAAUAAAAUACUGGUAAAAACUUGUUUACAUCAUAAAAAUUCCUGACCCAUACAAACAUCUUUCAACUUAAAAGCAAAACUAAAUUAUCUAGAGAUAAUAAGCCAAACAAAUUAUCUAACAGGGAGGAGCAGUGGCCGGACAGAUCGCAGAGAUUUCCAAACUCCAUUCUUUCGCCGUUCGGCUUGAUUAUUGCAAUCGCUGGAGGCUCACUAGCUUGGUUAGUGUUAUUAUCACAGCCCAACCUAACGUCUCCUUACUUCACCACGAAAGGAGGUCAGCGAGGAAGAAUCUCCUCCCCGAAUACCCCAAUCUCUUGGCACCACUCGUUCAUACGUACUCUCCUUUGAAUUGUACACAGAGCUGCUUUGCCCGAUCAAUCAUUUUUCCUUCUCCUCCUCCUCCUCCUUUCAAAUGACAGGCAAGGAAGGAAAACCACAGAGAGAAAGACAACCCCAGACCUAUACCUAAGGUAGGAGUACUCGCCGUGCUGCCAUCACUCCCCGCUUUCCUGAGCUGCGGCUGGAGUCGCACGUGACCGGACGCAGGCAGCUGGAAUCAGCUGGUGGUGGCGCAACGGCGCGCGGUGCUGGUGUCGAAGGCGGACGGUUGGAGCGGAGUAGUCUCCUUUCGCGCGCCGCUCGCCUCACCUGCCGGAUCCGGCCAGGGCAACGUUUUCCUGCUCCUUCUCCUCACUCUCCGUCCUGUAGGCCCGCCGUCCUUCGUCCAGUUCGCUGCCAUCACCACCGCCGCACUCACCGCUCUGCGGAGUGUGUGUGUCCGAGGAAGGCGAUGAAGGACUGCGGAGGGUGAAAAGAGUUGAGUUUUUCGAAGGGGAGCUACCCCAUGGAGAGCAGCCGCUUCACCUGAGAAGGGGAGGGAGGGUGGGUGGGUGUGUGGUGGGGGUGUUCGCGAGGCACCUGGCAGCCAGCUCGCGGCCCGAACCGCCCCGCCCCCUCCCUCUGUCAGUCCGAUUGUUGUGGCUCGCGCCGCUCCCGGGACGAUGGCCUGGAUGAAGAACUUCCUGAAGCCUGGGGGUAACCUGCGGAGCGGCUACCAGCCCGGGAGCAUGUUGUCCAUCGCCCCGCCCAAAGGGCUUCUGAACGGACCCGGAGAGAACAGCUGCUUCCUCAACAGCGCGGUGCAGAUUCUGUGGCAUCUGGAUAUUUUCCGACGGAGUUUAAGACUGCUGCCUGGACAUGUAUGUUCAGGGAAUGCUUGCAUUUUUUGUGCUUUGAAGAAUAUAUUUGUAGAAUUUCGAAACAGUAGGGAAAAAGCCCUUCCCUCUGAUAUUUUGCGAAAUGCUCUGGCUGAAAGUUUUAAAGAUGAACACCGUUUCCAGCUCGGUCUAAUGGAUGAUGCAGCAGAAUGCUUUGAGAAUAUUUUGGAGAGAAUUCAUUUGCACAUCGUUUCAGACACUGAAAUGGAUACAUGCACUGUUAAGUCUUGCAUCACCCAUCAAAAAUUUGCCAUGACUCUUUAUGAGCAGAGUGUGUGCCAUAGCUGUGGAGCUACGUCAGAUCCUUUACCUUUCACUGAGCUGGUACAUUAUGUCUCAAUUACAGCUCUAUGUAAUCAGGUUGACAGGAUGAUAGAGAGGAAUGAACGUCCCAGGCCAGAAUCGUUUGCAGAGCUACUUCAGGCAGCAAGCACUAUUGGUGACUUCAGGAAUUGUCCGAGUAAUUGUGGGCAGAAGAUAAAGAUCAGACGUGUGCUAAUGAAUUGCCCAGAGAUUGUCACCAUUGGUUUAGUAUGGGAUUCUGAGAAUUCCGAUCUCACAUCAGAUGUGAUUCGAUAUUUGGCACCUCAGCUUUUUCUCCCUGGACUUUUCUUCCAAGCAACUGAUGAACGGGCUAAGAGAAGUGAAUUGGUUCUUGUUGGAAUGGUAUGCUAUUCCAGCAGACACUAUUGCACCUUUGCCUUUCAUACAAAAAGCUCCAAGUGGAUUUUCUUUGAUGAUGCUACAGUUAAGGAGGUUGGAUCAAAGUGGAAAGAUGUGCUUUCCAAGUGUGUCCGAGGUCACUUCCAACCCCUGCUGUUGUUUUAUGCUAAUCCCAAUGGUUUGCCGGUCAAUAUGGAGGAUGUAACAAUUCACAACCUACAGUCUGCUCACUGUAGAACAGAUGGAGAGGAUUCAGAAAAAGAAAUGCAAAUAUCUGCUGCCAGAUUGAUUGACCACGUAAGGGAAGGUGGAACCGAAGGCCAAUUGUCAAAAACAAGUCACCAGAAAAUGCCUCCAAAACAACCAUCUAAUACUAAAGGAGGCUUCCAGAGGGGUUUCAUUCAAGAUAGUCGAGGUCGAGGGCUAAUUAAAGUAUUUCCUGAUGAAAAUCCUUUUCGAUUCCGAGACCGUUCAAAAGAUCAGGCUCAAAAGCCACACAAUGCGAGGAGUUCUUCACAACCCCUGAAAAUAGAAAAUGAUAAGCUAACAAGAAGAGCUGACUACGGCAGACAGAAAGAGGAUAGAUCUCCUUCAAAAUCUGGAACGCCACCUCAUGGAAACGGUCUGAAACAUUUCUGGGAUCAACAUGUACACAGUGGUCACAGGAAAGGACCUUCGAGUGAAGGUAGAGCUACUCCACAACCAACAGCACCAUCAAACAGAUUGUUUUAUGCUUCUGACAAUAAAAACAAAAGCAGCAGCUUCAGUGAAUAUGAUAUUGAUAGUCAAGAUUCAAGGGACAAAGGCAAUGGUAGGAAUAGAAGUAAGGGUAAGGUUUGGAAACCAUCACGGGAAACACUGAAUGUGGACAGUAUUUUUGAGGAUGGAAACAAAAGGCAAAGCAGUCCGAAGCACAGAUCAAGUUCUUCUAACCAACCACAGCAUAACAGAGGACUGAAUGCUCAUGACGUAUUGAGAGAGAACAGAAAACACAAAGAACUAAUGACCAUAUAUGAAGAUGAACUCAAACAAGGAAGUGUAAGUUCUUUGGAGGCGGAUGGAAAAUCAAAUCCAGAAAAAGACAAAAGCAACAUGACUGAAACCAGUUGUCAAGUGCAGAAAAUUGAAGCAGGGUAUGAAAGCAAUGAUCGACUCAGCAAUAACUCGGUUAGUUAUAAUGCUUUGGCCAUGGAAACUUUCAAUGGAAAGCACUUGAAGAAUAUUCAAGAUUCAUUUAGCAACAGGUGUCAGCAAGAAUUAUACAAACCUAAUGCGUGUCCCAAUCAUUCUCUCAGGUUUCCAGUUAAUGAAGUUGAAAUGCAGAACAAGGAGUCGAAACAAAGAGAUGAGAUUGUUGAAGGACUUAACAUGCAGAGAUCGCAGUUUGGUAUGGAUAGGCUCACUAAAGGCCAAGCCUCACCUUUGGUAGAAAGAUCCUGGAAAUCUGCUCCCCUCCCUAAGCAAAAUACACAGUUCCAUGAGUCAUCAGGAAUGUACUUGCAAAACCACAGGUUCUGUAAGAAUGAUCCAAAUCCACUACAACAACAAUUGAAACAAGCACCCACAGACAAACCUGUUCCAAAUAUUUCAGCCAAGUCCAACAACGAAGAUAUAUCUGUGCCACAAGAUCAUGUAUUUCCUAGUAAAGAUUUCAAGAAGAUUGUUUAUGGAAAAAAUUCUGGUUACAAUUUUCCAAUGUCACUGGAUUCUGCAGAUCAUUGGAUUCCUCCCCAUUUACAGCAUAUGGAAAUAAACGCAGUAACACCACCAACUGGAUCACUAGUACAUUUGCAUCCAGCUAGUCGAUCCUCUGAGAAAUCUCAGCUUGAUCAAUGCCUGCUGUCUGAGGGCCUAAGCUCAUAUCAUGGUUGUGAAAAGAGAGAAAAUUUCCUAGAAUCUACCCGUCAAGAAAGGUCAUCAUCACCACCACCUUUGCCUCCAAAAAUGUAUAAUCGGAGAGCCCCAUCCAAUUUGGACAGCAGUGCCUUAAGUGUUAAAUCAAUGGAUGAGCUAAGAGAGCAAAAGGAAAAUGUUUCUAUUUUGACAAAAGUGGCUACAUGUGUAAAAUCCAGGUUUAUGGAUGAUGCAACAGUGCCUCUGAAUGAGGUUCCAAGAAGGAUUUCUGAUCAAGGACAGAUUUCAAGUUCUGCUGAAAAAUCUAAUCAUGAGGCGUAUGUGCCUGAUGAUUCUGCAGUGUUUGCAACCAGUGCUCCUUCGGUAGGACUAGAUAAACACGUUGCUCCAACAACCUAUUUUUCUGUGGAUUAUUGCAUGACUGAUACUUACAGACUCAAAUACCAUGGGAGACCUAAACUCUUCUUUGCAGAUUUGAAAUCUAGUGAAUCACAGCAGGGAGCAGAAAAUCCCUUUCAAGGUUCAUCUGUGACUACAUCUCAAAUGAUUCCUAGCCCUGGAAAAGGAAAUUCUCAUUCAUAAUUGGUACUGUGAAACACCACUAGGUUUUGCUCAUAUUCUGCUUUGUGUCAUUCAGCAUUCAUGGAAUUAAAGACACCACUAAUUGAAUACAAAAACACGACAAGUGAGAUAAAUCACAACUAAAAUAAUAACGGAUUCUAAUUGUAUUCAAUUCCAUGUUGGUUCUACACACUGCAUAAUUGGAGAACAGUGAUUAAUACAGAAGGAACUCCAAUCAAAAUUACCAUGAGAAGAAUAAUUGAUAUUGCUGAUGUUGUCCAGCAGAGGGUAGCCAUCAUUGAUAUAACUGAACAAACUCAAAACAAAUUGUCACACUGCUCUGUGUGGUGUAGACUCAAGUACUGUGCAUGGUGAAGAUGUGCAAAUAUUUAAAAAUGUCAGUCAAAACCUUGCAUUCUGAAUAUUGCUAACAAAAUACUUUUGUAUUACUUAAUCUUUCUUUAAUAUAAACCACAGUUUUGAGAUUUUUCAUUGCAUCAUUUCAAAUAUUCCUGUCUUGAAUCUUAUGCCAAGAAAAUGUUGAGCAAAGUUGACUAAAAUUGCGGAGAACAAGAUGAAGCAGAUAUGCUGUCUUGUUUUCUUGUAAACUUAUUUUUUGAUGUGAUAAGCUAUAAUUUUAAUUGUUUUAUUCCAGAAGAAACUGAUAAAUUGCCAUAAAAUGAAACUUUAAGAUUAGGCAAUUAAUUUGAAACCAAUCUGUACCGAAAACCUCAUCUUGCACUACUUUGAGCAAAGUGCAGUUGUGCAGGAAAUGAAAAUAUUUUUAAAAUUGGCAGGUUUAUCCACUUAAAUCAAUACAUUCUUACGGUUGAGUAAAAGAUCUUGAAAAAACACCAACAGAAUAGCAUAUGGAACCUGAACAAAGUUAUUUCAGUGGCUUUUUAAAAAUUCAGGUGUUAACAAGAAGUAUUUUUUUAUUUGUAUGGAGAAAUAUCAAUGCACUCCCAUCAAUUUCUGUCUGAAGGUCCAAGAUGCUGUUAAUUAUCCAAAGAUUAGCAGAAAAUGUUUUUAUUCACAUAAACAACAAAGUCUAAUAAGUCAAUAAGUGUGAAUCUAAUGAUAAUAGAAAUCUGAUUGGUGCUAUGAGAAACUGGCAAAAGCAAAACAUAACUUCUCAAUUCCUGAAACUUCACAUGAUUUUAGCAUUUUCUGUAUUUGCAUUUGUCAAAUGAACUUUCAGAAGCCAGUUUUUUGAUUAAAACCCUGUAAUUUUAGUGUAAUUAUAUACCAACUAUGGAAUUAGUUGAAUACUUUUGAAACAAAUUUUAGUUGUCCUCUGUAAGCGUAUACAGUUUGGAUUUCUUUUUUCUCAAGUCACUGUUACUACAUAAAUGAACUUUCAAAACUAAAAAAGCCAAACCUUUCAAUGAAGUGUUUACUGAAUGAAGAUUAGUGGUGGCUGUGUACAAAGAUACAAGCUCUGUGACACAAAUGCAAAAAUUCUGAAAAACACGAACUUUUUUUUAAACAGAAAACCCUUUUAUAAAAAAUAUUCUUUAUGCAUUGAGGAAAAAACCUAUAUAGGCUAUGAGAUUUCAGGUACUGUAACUUAUUUUUUAACAUUGAUAGCUGCUUAUGAACAUUUUCCUAACCUUCUCAUUAAAAUAUUACCUUAUCUGAAGAAUACUAUGUAUUAACAGUAGACUUCUUUUGUUCUGUUACCAUGCAAACAUUUAUGGCAUUUGAGCUAUUUGUUAAAAUUACGCCUAAAUGAGACCUGAUAGGCAGAUCAAUUAUUGAAUAGCAUCAUUUCCAUUUGUAACAAAAAAUGCUACUAAUAUAUUUUUGUAUCAAAUUCAAUGUUCUUAUCCCAAGUCUUGUUUUUAUUUUCAAAGUGUGCCUGUAUCUUUUGGGCUAAAAUCCUAUUUGGCUCUAACAAAAAGUGAGGAUAUUUAUAUACCUUCUGAACUACAUUGAAUUUUGCUGCACACUAAACAGCUAACUUAGUUUUUGCAUACAAAUAUUUUACCAGUUUUGUUAACUUGCUGGACUAUCCCAAAAGAAUGCCUUAAGAUUUUUUAGGAUCAUUGCAAUAAAACACAAUUCUAAAUAACUUGACUACCAAAUAAUUUCAUUGUGCUGUAAAAGUGCUAUGUUAGAAAUUCUUGACUCCAAACACCUGAUUAAUGCAGCCUGUGAAACAAUUAAAUACUAAAGGACCAAUAUGGAAGCGAGACCAAACUGUGGCUAGUACAGAGUGUCUAUUUAUUUUUCUAUGUAAAAUGAGGGACUAUUUGUAGCAAAUGAUUUUUAUUAUGCUUUGGAUAUAUAUUGUGGAGUAACUAUUUACUUUGUACAAAAAGGUUAUUUCUAAUUUCAUGUACUAAUAUCUUCCAGAUAAAAGUAUUAAAUUCUAAAGUAUUUUCAUCCUA